CACUCCUAACAAUUACAAAAUUAUACAUGAGGACAUAUUCAUUUCAUUGGUAAAGUAUGGGCUUAGAUAGGCCUCAGCCCAUUUUACAGUUGGUUUGGAAUUGGGAAAGUUAAAUGAUGAUGAACAAAUUCUGUUGCAUCAAUUCAAUGCAAUGGCCGGUACGGGGUCUAGGUGCAUGCGAUCUCAGGUAGCUCCAGAAUGGACCUUGAAGGAAGCGUUGAUUCUUGUGAACGAGAUUGCUGCUGUGGAAGCCGAUUGUUUGAAGGCUCUGUCAAGCUAUCAGAAAUGGAAAAUAAUUUCUGAAAAUUGCACUGCUUUGGAUGUUCCACGUUCUUCAAAUCAAUGCAGGAGGAAGUGGGAUUCCUUGGUUGCUGAAUACAACAGGUUCAUGCGCUCAAGAACUAGGACCAAUUCUCAAGGUCAAAAAUUUCCUCCCAAUUUUGAUCGUGAACUUUUUAAUGCCACUGAUAAUCUUGUUAGGGCAAAGCAAGAUCAAUCUGACACCGGCCCAGAUAGUGACCCAGAUGCUCAUCUUGAGUUAACUGAAUUAAUUCCUCAACUGGGGUCAAAGAAGCAAAAACGGAACUCAGUGCCUGUGAAACAUUGUGAUGAAGAAAUGAAUAACAAAAGCCACUUUCAAGAAAAGCGUAGAAGGAACUAUACGGAAAAAAGGCUUUGCAAUAGUCUCAUAGAAGAAAAUUCCCAGAAGGGCCAGGCUGACAAGAGGUCUGAGAAAUGUGGUGUGGAAGGAAAGACCAUAAGUUCAAUAAAGGAAACGGAGCAAAUGAAGGUGGUGAAACUGCAUGAAAAUGCUGAAUUGAUCCUUGCAAUAGUUAGGGAGAAUGCUGAUUGCGGUGAUGUAGAUGAGAAUCAUGAUCAGUAUUUCCCAUCUGAAGUUAUAAGAAGCCAAGGGGAUAAGCUCAUUGCAUGUCUUAGAGAAAUCGUGAACACGCUCAGCAAGGUCUCGGAUCAUGUCCAAGAACGUUAAUAGUUUGUUGGUGAAGAAUUAGUGUAAAUCUGUCUUGCCAAUUAACUUUUGGAAUCUACGAUGCCAAAUUUUGUGGGAAAGGGAUAAUUUUGCAAGUUGAUAGCUAAAAGUUAUUCUGCACAAA